AGCGCGCGGGGCCGGCUCGCGGGGCCGCCCGUGCGCGGGGUGUGUGAGGACGCGCUCGCUGUUGCGGAGUGCCGGCGCUGGGGAGCGGUGGUAUUGGUACCUGCUGCUGCGGGUGCGGGACGCCGAAACAUCGCACGCGGGUGCCGCUGCGGAAGGCAGGGAGGUGAAACCAUGACGGCCGUCAGUGAAAAUGUUCUUUUUGGAAUGGGAAACCCACUUCUUGAUAUCUCUGCUGUGGUAGACAAGGAUUUCCUUGAUAGGUAUUCACUGAAACCAAAUGACCAGAUCUUGGCAGAGGAUAAGCACAAGGAACUGUUUGAGGAGCUUGUUAAAAAAUUCAAUGUUGAAUAUCAUGCUGGAGGCUCCACCCAGAAUUCCAUUAAAGUGGCUCAGUGGAUGAUUCAACAGCCGCACAAAGCAGCAACAUUUUUUGGAUGCAUUGGUGUAGAUAAAUUUGGGGAGAUCCUGAAGAGAAAAGCUGCGGAAGCCCAUGUGGAUGCUCAUUACUAUGAACAGAAUGAACAGCCAACGGGGACUUGUGCAGCCUGCAUCACUGGUGACAACAGGUCUCUUGUUGCUAAUCUUGCUGCUGCCAAUUGUUACAAAAAAGAAAAACAUCUUGACCUGGAGAAAAACUGGCUGUUGGUGGAAAAAGCAAGGGUUUUUUAUAUAGCAGGCUUUUUUCUUACAGUUUCCCCAGAAUCAAUAUUAAAGGUGGCUCAUCAUGCUUCUGAAAACAAUAGAAUCUUCACUUUGAAUCUGUCUGCACCAUUUAUUAGCCAGUUCUACAAGGAACCUUUGAUGAAAGUUAUGCCUUAUGUUGACAUACUAUUUGGAAACGAGACGGAAGCUGCCACUUUUGCUAGAGAGCAAGGCUUUGAGACUGAAAACAUUAAAGAGAUCGCCAGAAAGACACAAGCUCUACCAAAGGUGAACUCAAAGAGGCCGAGAAUUGUGAUCUUCACCCAAGGGAGAGAGGAGACUGUAAUGGCUACAGAAAAUGGUGUCACCACUUUUGCUGUGUUGGAUCAAGACCAGAAAGAAAUUGUUGACACCAAUGGUGCUGGUGAUGCAUUUGUUGGAGGUUUUCUGUCACAGUUGGUCUCAGACAAACCUCUGACUGAAUGCAUCCGUGCUGGCCACUACGCAGCCAGUGUCAUCAUUAGACGGGCUGGCUGCACCUUUCCUGAGAAGCCAGCCUUCCACUGAUGGGAGUGCAGGGACCCCAAGACCAGGAGCACAGACACUGCUGUGACUGCUCCCUCAGAAUUCCUGUAUUGAUAAAGAGAGUUUCCUGCCACCUUUUCCUACUACAUAAUAAUACUCAUUCUUAACUUAGAGGGUACAAUAAUUCUUAGUAGAAUCUUUAUUCUUUGAAUCACUUUUAAAAAAUGAUGUUUAUUUCCACAGGUUGAUAGUGUCCCAUAAAUGUCAAUCAAAUGGUAAUAUAAAAUUGCAAUAGAAAUUUUUAUUUCCUUUUCAAUUACUUUGUAAAUUCAUGUGUAUUUAGGAAAUUAUUAAUUUUUUUACCUUUCUGCCUUGAAUGCAGAUGCAAUUUAAUAAUGUAAUAGAUUUUUAAAAAAGGAAUUAAUCAUAAUAUCAAACUUUGGCUUUUUAUACAAGUAUGCUUAAUUUAGCAGUGUAU